AUGGGAAACCAAUGGUUAGUUCUCCUCCUGACCCUAUCCUUGGCAACUUUUCACGUCAAAGGCUGUUUGGAGUGUGACCCCAAAUUCAUAGAGGAUAUUAGGGCCUUGCUGGCAAGUGUGGUCCCGCAGCCGGAAGUCUCUGGCAGAACUCAACUGCUUGAAAGGCACUUUAAAUCUUAUGGUUCGUUUAAGGUCUCCCACAAGGAAAAGAUGCUUCCGGUGUUAGCUGUUUCAAAGCUUGUCAAGUUGAGAAUAUAGCUGAAGGAUGAAUUUUAUACUGGAAAUGAAGCAUGGAAAGGUGCUGAUAGCUUCCAAGGCAAGCUCCUCAAUGUCUGCCAAAACCUGGAACUCAAGGUGAAAGAAACACUAAAGGACUUCUCUGAAGUUGCUUUUUCUGAAGAUCGCAAUGUGAUUGAAGUUCCCAUCCUUGAUUGUUGAAACUGUCUUCUCAUCUCCACCCAGUGCUUCAAAGGAGAAUACUGUGGAGAAGAUGAUCCAAGGGAGGCUGAGAGUCAAGAAAUUAUAUUGUUGAUAUUGCUGACAGAAGCUGCGGUACUGGCAAGUGCUGUAUUACUUUUGGAUUAUCUUUUCCUCUACUCUGGCUACUAUAUCUGUAUAUCUCAUCAGAGGAAAAUGAAGACAACACAAAGAACACUAAAGCAAUUAUAUUUGGAGAAGAAACUUGAAGAAUUGGUGAGGAAGACAGAUAAGGAGAGGGAGAAAAAUAUUUUGGAUCUAGAAAAUAAAUAG